AUGAACACCAUGAACAACUUCAUCGCCGUUUUCUUCAUCCUCAUCGCGCUUGCGUUUGCUGCGCCCACUCCUAUCCUCAACGGGGUUGGGAUUCCUGGCUUCGACGCGACUAAGGUUCUCCAAUUAGAGCAGCUGCUCGCAGAGCUUCAGGAGGUUUCCCUUAGCCAGAGCACUAGCGUUGUCCCUGCUAGUAUCCUCGGGACGUUCCUCGCGAUUAUUUCUAGUGCUGUCGGCAAAGUGCCCUUCGCUGGCCUGGUUUUCGGGCCCAUCCUUGCGUCACUUGGCGGUCUCCUCGGCGGCCUUGGCAGCUAG